AUGAUUCUUCUUACGGUGCUUUUCCCAUGCAUAAUUUCCACAUAUUCGGCAUCUGUGAAAGGUCACAAUACUGGCCCAAGAAUUAACAAUGACAAGCUAUAUAAAUUUGCCUACUCCACUGAAGUGCUUAUUGACAGGGUUAAAGGGUCACUCCAAGAGAGUGCAGGCUUCCGAAUUUCAUCUGGAGUGGAUGUCAACUUACUAUGGAGAAAUCCCAAUAAUGAUGAUGAUCAGUUGAUCAAAAUUGCGGUAGGUAAUGUAACAGUUGAAAAUGUCAGUGAGCGUCCUACCAACAAAAACAUUUUUGAUGGGAAAAACACAGAUAAAAUAAUUGGAAAAGAGUAUCUGGCAGCUUUAAAAAGACCUGUAGUUCUCCAGUGGACUCGUGGAAAGGUUAAAACCUUCUACUCUUAUGCAAAUGAACCUGCUGUUGUUCAGAAUCUCAAGAAAGGUCUCGCAAGCUUGUUUCAGAUACAGAUGAAUUCUGGAGUUGUCAGCGAGACGGACAUCUCUGGAAGAUGCAAUGUUACUUACCAGGCUCGACAAAAUCAAAUCACUAAAAUUAAAGCCAUGAACUCAUGCAAACUGGAACGGACAGGCUUUAGCAGCCACAGUCGGAUUUUCGACAUCAGCAAAAAAUCUACUUCUGCUGCCAUUUAUGUGCUGGAAGACACUUUUUUAAAAAUUGUGCGGGCAGAAGAAAAUCAUGUUCUGAGGACAACUGUUCGGCAACAAACUGAUGCAAAAGUCAUUUCAAAGCAGAAACUGGAGCUGAAGUCAACUGAAGCUGGCCCAAGGAUGAUGGCUGGGAAGCAAGUCACCAGUAUUAUCAAGGCUCUAGAUUCAAAUUAUGUAGCCAUUUCACUAGUAGCAGAGCCACUCAUCAGUGAAUGUAAAAGUUGUCCCUCACUCUCUCAGCACUGGAGUACCAUUCGGAAAAAGCUGGAACCAGAAAACCUACCCAAAGCUGAUGCUGUGAGGAGUUUUUUAUCCUUUGUUCAGAACCUGAGGAAGGCUACAAAAGAAGAGAUCCUUCAGAUACUGAGAACGGAAAGUAAUGCACAAUUACUUCCCCAGAUGGUUGAUGCUGCAGUCUCUGCACACACCUCAGCUUCUCUGGAGGCUAUGCUGGAAUAUCUGGAUUUCAAGAACACUACUAGCUCUCUCCUUCUGGAGCGGUUCCUCUAUGCCUGUGGAGUUGCCCCUCACCCUGACGAGUUACUGCUUAAAUCUUUAAUAAAUAUAUAUCGCAGUCCGAUUGGCAACAGUAAAAUCAGAGAAACAAAUCUCAUCAUGAUUGGGGCGCUCAUCAGAAAGCUGUGCGAGAGAGGAGGCUGCAAACUACCUGCUGUUGUGGAAGCCAAGAAGCUGAUCUUGGGAGGCCUGAGCAGGCCUGAGAAGGCGCUUGAUGUGAAGACUUACCUGAUAGCACUGAAAAAUGCCCUCCUGCCUGAAGCGAUCCCAUUGCUUUUGAAAUAUGCUGAGUCAGGAGAAGGACCUGUCAGCCAUGUUGCUGCUAGUGCCCUGCAGAGAUACGACCCUGCUUUCAUCACCAAUGAGGUGAGGAAAGUACUGAACAGGAUUUAUCACCAGAAUCGGAAAGUACAUGAGAAGAGUAUACGCAUCACAGCAGCUGCCAUCAUCCUCAGCAGCAAUCCUUCUGACAUGGAAGUAAAAAAUCUCCUCCUCUCCAUUGGAGACUUGCCACUGGAAAUGAAUAAGUAUAUGCUCUCACUAGUCCAAGACAUUCUACGUUUCGAAAUGCCUGCCAGCAAAAUGAUCCGCAGAGCUCUGAAGGAUAUAUCCAUUCAUAACUAUGACCGAUUCUCAAGGAUGGGUUCUUCCUCAGCCUUCUCUGGGUACCUAAACCGUGGCGCAGACGUGACAACCUCAUAUGGAUUUGACUUUCUCUACUCUGGUUCUGGCUUCAUAAGGAAAAGUAACACAAAUUUCUAUGUUUUCAAUGAAUAUGCUCAACUUCAUGCCGUUCAGGUGAUGAUUGAGGCUCAGGGUCUGGAAUCCAUUAUAGCUGCAACUCCAGAUGAAGGCGAAGAAGAUCUGGAGUCCUUCUGUGGCGUGUCAGCAAUCCUGUUUGAUGUUCAACUUAGGCCUGUUACCAUUUUCCAUGGAUAUGGAGAUUUAAUGUCCAAAAUGUUCUCUGUCUCUACUGACCCCAUGCAAGUGUUGAAAGCACUCGUUCUUCUGAUGGAUUACUCACAGACUAUCCAGCUACAAUCUGGGUUGACAUGCAGCACCGAGUUCCAGGGAGGCGUAUCCAUUGACAUUUCAAAUGCACUGGAAUUUAGUCUUUGGUACAGAGAAUUCAAAUCCAAUGUCAGAACCCGGGGAAGCUUUGUGGUAGUUGGCAACAUAGUUGUGGACUCCUCCUUUGUGGAGGCUGGCAUGGAAACCAGCUUUGAAAUCGAAGCAGGAAUAGAUAUCAUCUCCACAGUUCAAUUUUCACAGAAUCCAUUUGUAGUCUGUAUAGAGGUGGACAGAACUGGAGCUCCAUUCAGGGAAUACAUAACCAAAUAUGAAAGGCUACCUUCAGGCAAAUCUUAUACCUCCCGGAAAGGAAAAGCAAGGCUGUUGGAAGGUUCUCAAUACCCCCUUCACCAAGAGAACUCCAACACAUGCAGAGAAGUUUUCACUGACAAGUCUGACUCCUCAGAAAGCUGGUUUUGA